CACAGCUAGCCCUGUUCCUCACAGGUGAGUGAGCAGUUUGCCCGCUACCUUGAUGUGCAGAUCCAGGAGCUCCGCAGGGCAGCACAGGGCAGCACAGGGCCACUGGAGCGGCUGCAGCAGUUCUUGGAGCCCUUUGUCGUCUUCAGUGGCCUGGAGCUUGCCCACAGCUUUGAGCACUUCUACAGGCACUACCUGGGGGACCGGCUCCUGACGCAAGGGCCGUCUUGGCUGGAAGGAGGCAUCGUGGAGCAGAUUGGGCUGUGCUUCCCCAGCCGCUUUCCCCAAAAUAUGCUGAGCAACUUGGCUGAGUCAGAGGAGCUCCAGCGGCAGUUCUGCCUCUUCCAGCUGCAGGAGCAGGAUAAGCGGCUGCUGGAGCUGGACAUGGGCCUGGAUGAGGUGCUGGAGACAGCCUCGGUGGCAGAUGUGCCAGAGGUGAAGGUGCUGGCCCUGUCCCCGCGCUGCUGGCCUGUUUCCCCACUCUGUUACAUGGAUAACCCUGGGAGGUUUUUCUCGGCAACGCUGAGCUCCCCCCUGGAUGAGUUUGCUGACUUCUGCCAGCAGAGCCAGAGCCAGCUGGGCUGGGAGUGCACGAAGCCCCGGCGAUUGCAGUGGACGUGGCUGGGCCAUGCUGAGCUGCAGUUUGGAGACUGUGUCCUCCACGUGUCCACGCUACAGAUGUACAUCCUGCUGUGCUUCAACAGUGCUGAGGAGGUGGCUGUGGAGGCCCUGCUGCAGGCUACAGGGCUCCCUGCUGACCUGGUGCACCACGCGCUGACACCGCUGACCCACGGCCAGGGCGUCCUGGUGCGGAGCUGCACACUGGGAGGUGCACUGCAGCUGAACCAGGUAGCCCUGGCCCAGGCCUCUGGCCACCACCUGAGGCUGCUGCCUCAGCAGAGGUACCUGCGGACAGAGAGGGCCGAGGUGAGCGCCCUGGAAAGGAAGAGGAACGUCCUCUGCUGCCUCAUCACCCGCAUCCUCAAGGUGGAGAAGCAGCUCCACGUCGACAACCUGGUGUUCAGGGUGAUUGAUGCCUGUCAAAAGGGUGAACUGGGGCCAGGUGUGCAGUUUCUGAGCUUCUGCUGCCACAGCGUGGACGUGCUGUCCUGUGUCCUGCACCUGUUGAACCAGGGCUAUCUCCGGCGCCAGGAGGGGAGGCCUCAUGUCUUGGAAUACAUCUCUGCUGAACCCACAACACCCCCCACUUCCCAGGUCCAGCCACAGGUUGCCUUCCAGACUGUAGAGAUCAAGAUGGCAUCAAGCCUGGCCUCUGCCGAAAAGAGAAAGAUAUUUUCCACAUUCAGGUAGAUGAGGACCUGGUUGGGAGGACUCAGGCUGGGUCUAGUCUGUUUCUUCCUUGUGGGUUCUAUUUAAAUAAAUGAGCCAAGUGCCAUCCA